AGAUUCUUCAGCUUAUGUACGCGCAGAAGUUGGAUGUCCAUCAAUUUGAGAUGUAUACUUUUGACCUGAUCAUGAUCUUAGCCUAUCAACAUUGGCGGACUGCUGCGCUGUACCUAGGAAUUGGAGCUCUAUAUACGGUAUACUAUCUCAGAUAUGUUGUCAAGAAUCCUGUACUAGCCUGUGGAAACUCGAAGUUCCAGCGCCUUCUUCAGAGGUGUGUCCCGUCCCUAACCAAGCCAUACUGGCCAACAUUUCUAGGCUUUGGGACUCAUUUACAGACCGUGGGUCAUGUGGCGUUCCAGCCUUUUGUCGGGAAACAUAAUUACAGGAGUGAGAAACUGAGUACAAUUGACGGUGGUGAGAUCAUCUUGCACUGGGAUGACGGUCAGACCAGUGGAAAUACUGCCACACCCAUUGGUAUUAUCAUUCCUGGUCUUGGAGGUGAUAGUCAGAGCAUCUAUGUGAAGCACAUGGUGGAUGAUGUCCUUAGCGUAGGAUGUAGAGCUGUAGUAUUCAACCAGAGAGGAUUUGGAGGAGCAGAGAUCAAGACUCCGCGUACAUUCUGUGCUGGUAGCACCGAUGACAUUCACUUUGUGUUGAGUCACAUUCACCAAACGUACCCUGACGCACCUCUUCUAGCCAAUGGAGCAUCAAUAGGAGGGAUAAUGCUAUUAAACUACUUAGCGGAGUACGGCAGUCGAUGUGUACCCCUUGCCGGUGCUAUGACAGUGUCCGUUGCCUGGGAUCUCGUGGAAUCGGCCAAGUCGUUGGAGAAACCAGUCAAUAGCAUCCUUUAUAACUACACUUUGACAUUGAACCUCAUCAGGCUUGUCAAACUAAAGGGACUUCUAUUUAAGGACCAUUAUGAUUUGCCUUCAGUCUUUAAGUCUCGGUCUCUGAGAGAGUUUGAUACUCACCUGACGGUCAAGGUCUUUGGCUACCGCGAUGUCCACCAUUACUACAGCAGCUCCAGCCCCAAGGGUAAACUGUCUAAGAUCACGGUACCAACACUAUGUCUCAAUGCUGCUGAUGAUGCCUUCUCACCCAUCCACACUAUUCCUCUUAAUGAAGCUAAAAGGUCACCCAAUGUUGCCAUAGCGAUGACCUCUCGGGGUGGCCACUGUGGAUUCAUGAAGGGUAUUUUUCCAAGCGGUGGUAAGACGUAUAUGAGCGAAAUCUUCUCAGAGUUUGUAAGCGCCAUCUUCAAUGAAGGAAAAGAUUAUCUUUCACGGGAUUGACCGACACCAUUCUGACAUUAUAUGGCAAUAAUUAUAAUAAUGGUAUAAUAGUACUUGGUAUUGAAAGAAAAUUUAACCUUUGGAAUAGGUUAUCUUGUCAAAAAUCAGAAGAAAAAAUCGGAGAAUAAGAUCGCUGAAGCUGUGAGAAAAAUUGGCAAUCAGUAAGAAAGUCAUAAAAAGUAUUUGAAUGUUGAGAUCACUGAUGUUUUCGAGAUACCGGUACAUUAAAAUAAUCCCUUCUAAGGCGCUUGAUCUUAUUUAUUUCACCAAGCUUCUCAAUGUUUUGGUAACUUUAUAGAUGCAAAUCAUCCAUGUCUUUCAAUCUAAUAUCUAAUGUUUUGAUUUGUUUGUAGUUUAUAUCUACCACAGAAAGUGAGAUUUGGUUUCUCAAGUGUUGUGAGUGCCAUAUUCAAUGAAGAAAAUUGUAUAAGAAAAAUAUGAAAAAGUAAUAGAAAAAUAGACAACAUUUGAAUGAACUUGACAUAUUUUUGAAUUGAAUAUUGUUCAUGUCUGUCAAUGAUGAUAUAUCUCUAGUUUAUCCAUAAUUCCCAAGAAUGAUGCAGCCAGAAGUGAGCUUUCACUGCUUAAUUGUUUGAUAUCAGGGUUGACAGUGGCGUAUGGCUCUUGGGCCUGACAAAUUUUUUCGAAGGAAGAUUAUACAUGCAUUGCUCACUUGAGCCCGAAACGCAAGCACAAAGUUCCAUCGGCAGAGGUCCUUGAAAAGUGUAAGCUCUAUAGAUGCUCUCUUGGCAUAUCUAAGAAGUCUUUCCUCCUCAAAUUUAAUCAUAUUUUAUGGAUAAAUCUGAUGUAUUUUCAAGUAAAAAG